AUGGAAUCAGAACAACUCCUGAUUUACUCUUGGCUUCAAGCCACAUCAGUGAGCAAAAUAAUUGACGAUCCUGGUUCUGGUCACAAAACCAGUCAUUGCUACCAACAUCCUGACCAACUUUGCACUGCUAUCACGAGCAACCACCAUCCUGACAAACUUUGCAAUGAUAUUACGAAUAUCAUGAUCAGAUGUGCAAAAAAAACUAUUCCCCGAGGCAAGAUCAACUUCAACCAACAUCCUGACAAACUAUGCACUGCUAUCACGAAUACUAUGAUCAGAUGUGCAAAGAAAACUAUUCCCCGAGGCAAGACUAAACACCUUAAGGAACUGAAAAGAAAGCGGAACGCCUUUCGCCACAUUGCUGAUCAGACAGGAAAAACGUAA